CCCAUCACCAUCAACAUCUUCUUCUCCAUAGCUACAGAAGCUGUCACAUCAUACGGACUCAUACAGCUUUCGUUCUCUACAUGGAGAAAGCAGAUAGAAGCAUCAUCACAUUCCUGCCAAAGCUUGCCACCGGACGCGAGAAUCCGAUGAAGCCGAGGGCUCAUGGCCAGAGCAGAUCCUUCUCGGGGCCGAUCACAGGCUCCAUUAUACCCAUAGAAGCUCGACGCAAGCAGAAGAGACGCGGCGGCUUCGAGGCGCCGCAGGAACCCUCGUCCCCGAAGGUGACGUGCAUGGGCCAGAUCAAGCUCGAGAAGAUGACCGCCGGGUGUUGCCGGAAGCCCCCACCACCGGGUCGAAAAUGGAAGCUGGCAUCCUUCAUCCGCCAGAUCUUCCGGCGUCCCAAGGUGGGGCCGGCGGGCGGUGGCGGGAAGAGCAGGCCGCCGGUGUCUGCACCACCGUCGCUCGGAGGGAUGAGUAGGUCCGCCGGCGGACGCAACAGCUUGGGGGAUUUCGACUGGAGGAAGGCAGUGGAGACGGAGGAGGUGAUCAUUGCUCACUCUGCACCCAUCAUGGUGGGCGGUGGGGUGGUGGCCGUCGAGCCAAGGAAGGUGUCGUCGAGCCUUUGGAAGAGGAGGGCUGCCGCUCGUCUCACUACUCUUCAAUCAAACUGAUAUCUUUAUUCUUUUUCUCCUUCUCAACUGUAAAUACGAGAGAAGGAAAAGGCUUUCCACAUCGAAUGUUGUUUUCGA